AUGGCAGCCGCUGUGAAAAACGCUUUCACUACGUGGAAAUUUCGCCGCUUUUUUGUCUUCAUAGCCGAAAGGGGAAAUAACAUCACAGUCCAAUGCAAUUUAUGUCUUCCAAUAGUGAAAAUGCUCUCAGCAUCUAAGAACUCGACGUCUAAUCUGAAGAAGCAUUUGCAGAGGAGACAUUCAAGUUGCUUACAUCUGAUCAAAGAAGAAAACAGGCAGUCUGAGUCGACUGAACACAUCGGAGAAGGACAUGGGACCUUGCAUCCUCCCUUCAAACAAGAAACGAUUGAAGUCGAAGAGAGCACAUCUCAAACUACUGUGAAUAGACUAAUAUUUGAAUUUGUGAUUGAUGAUGUUCAGUCGUUCUCUCUGGUGGAACAGCCUUCAUUCAAAAAUCUCAUAGAGGGAAUCAGUGGUGGCCAGACGGUCUUGAGCAGAAAAUCACUGUUCUGGCAUAUGGAGAAGGAAUUUGCUGCUAUGAAAGAAGCCUUAACUGCAAGACUUCAGAAUGUGACUAAUGUGUGCACAACAGCAGAUUUGUGGACUCUUCAUGGCAGAAGUUUCUUUGGUAUGACAUGUCACUGGAUUGAGAAGGACAGUCUGGAGAGGAGGUCUGUAGCUUUGGCCUGUGCCCGUGUGAAGGGACACCAUACUUUUGAUGUCCUUGCUGCGAAAAUCUGUGAAAUACACGCAGAGUACCAAGUACAGCACAAAGUAAGGGCCAUAGUGACACACAACGGGAGUAACUUUGUUAAACCUUUUCAUGAGUUUGAAACGCAUGAAGAGGCAGCGCUAGAUGAGUUUGAUGAUGGUGUAACGUUCUUUGACAUGGAUGCAGUUCUGGAGAUGGAGGGAGAUGAAGAGCUUCAUUUCUUUCUGCCUCCACAUCAAAGAUGUGCAGCGCACACACUCAAUCUGAUUGCUACCAAUGAGGUACAUAAAGCAGCAUCAAGAGGCUCAUUCCAGAAAGUGUACCAAAGUGCAAUGGGAAAGUGUGCUUCUAUAUGGAACAAGGCGCACUGGUCAUCAGCAGCUGCAGAAGUAGUGCAGGACAUUGCCAAUAUGAAUGUUUCUGUUCCAUUUGUCACAAGAUGGAGCUAUGAAUAUCUGACCAUUGCAAAACUGAUUGGUCUCGCAGAUGAUCAGCUGUUUGACAUCUGUGGAAGGUUGGGAGUGACCAGGCUGGACCCUUAUGAGAUAACCUUUCUCAGAGAGUAUGUAGCUGUUCUACAACCUCUUGCCCAAUCCAUUGAUGUUCUGCAGGGGGAGAAGAAAUGGUUUCUAGGUUUCCUCAUUCCAACAAUCCUAAGCCUCAAGUUUAAGCUCUCUGACAAAUUGCCACAUGUGACCUACACAGCAAAUAUCAUUACUGCAGUCAUUGAGGCACUCGACAGUCAGUUCAGUUCCAUAUUGAACAGUCACGAUGCAAAAAUGGCAACAACCACCAUGCCGAAGUUUCGCUUGUGUUGGCUCCCUCCAGAGAAGAGAGAGGAUAUGUGCAAGACGGUAGUCCAGGAGGCAACAUCUUUGAAAUCCAGGUCACCUGCAGCUGACGUGGUCAUCAGCUCUGAGACUGAUGGAUCAGAUGAAGAGUUUUUUGUGUUUGGAAAGACAAAUAAGGCUGAGAAAUGGACUGUAGAGAAAGAGGUCCGGAUGUUCCUUUAUGAUACUGAGAAGAGCUUGAAUUCUUUGCAUGCAUAUCCCUUGGUUAAGCAUCUUUUCUUGAAGUAUAAUACCACUAUACCCUCUAGUGCACCAGUUGAACGUCUGUUCAGUGAUGGAGGGAAUGUACUUACCUCAUUUCAUAGCAGAAUGUCUGAUAACCACAUGGAGCAAGUCCUCCUCCUUCGUUACAACAGAAAGUUUUGUCCAAAGCUCAGUUUUAAUGAUUUGUGAAAAGUCAUAUGUUGUGUUUGCGUUCGGCCCAUGUAUUAUUUGUUUUUCGUUUAGAGACGUGUAUGAAUCCAUAGUCUCUGUCCGAAUUUGAUAUUAGUAUUUCUGUAAUUUGUGUGCUUUCUGUUUGGUUUCUGUUUAAGGUUCUAGUUCUGGUGUUUCACAGCAGUGAAAGUCAUCUUAUGAUAUUUCCCUUCUGUUGUUUUUGUGUGCACGUUUGGCAUUGAGGUUAUCCAAAAGUAACAAAAAGUUAUCUCGUUAUGUUACUUAAAUACUGUGAUUCUUAAACUGUUACUGACAAAAUAUCUAAUGUAACUAGAACUGUCAUGAUUACUUGGUUAUUAAAAAGCAUUGUUUAAAAA